AUGUUCCAUGGCCGUGGAUGGGGAGCAGCCAACGAAGGAUCAUACGAAGUUUCGCUCUCCAAUCCUCAAUUCCAGACUCCGACAAGCGAAGCAUCACCAUCACCAUCACCACUUCCCGUCACUUCUAACCUGAAACCCCAAACCCCAAACUACUUCGGCCUCCGCAGAGACCAGACCACUGUCGAGGAUACCUGCAUCCGCACCUGCACGGCCUCCAACUUCGAGGCCUACCGUGUGCCAAAGAAUCCGUUCACAAUGCAACUGCAAACGCAAGGGCAAGUGCAAGUCUUUCCUUCUCUCCCGACGAUCCUUUCUUUGGUACGCCGGUCGUCAUCCGUCUUUGUGAAGGAAAGGAAUCUGCAACUCUCCAACCCGCUAUCGCGGCCUAUCGUCGAAAUGGCCCGGGACAACAUCCUCCUCACGUACUUCCUGGUCGAUGUCCUGUUCGUGGCAACGGGUGGACUUCUGAUCAUCUUUGCGUUCACGACCAAGUUCGAGAUCACGGAGCAGAAGACGGCGGACAAUGUGGCGCGGGAUUUGCUCCUCGAUAUGUGUCCCUUGAACGCCGCGAUUGGAAACGCCAUCUUGGUCUUCUUCACGUUUCUGAUGACCGUACCCGCGAUUGUGAUGCGAACGAGUCGAGGGUGGCUGAAGUUCGCCGGGUACUUGACGGUGAUCUCGGGACUGGUCACGAUGGUCAUCGGCCUGACGAUCUGGUUUGAGACGUUGAAGACGCGAGAGAAUCUGUUCACCAUCUGGAAGAGCCAGCCUCCUUCUAUCCAGAGUCUCCUGCAGCAAGAGUUCGCCUGCUGCGGAUAUCUCAACAGCACGUCGCCUCCAUUUGUCGUCGAUGCGACGUGUGUCGACAACCUGGUGGCGGCCGCCGAGGGUGGUUGUGUCGGGCCCUUGUCCAGCUUCGCCAACAACUUCCUGGACAUCGUCUUCACGGGCGCUUUUGGCAUCGUGGGUAUCGAUGUGGUUUUCAUUCUCGCGACGGCCAUCCUGCUCAAGGACCGCAAGGAGAAGGAGAGAUAUCGACACAUUGACGAGAAGAGUGGCACGAGGGGCUUUUGA